UGUAAAAGACUCUUUGGCUAAUACCACGUGAGUGUGCGCGCGCAGGUUUUGUUAACUUCCGGUUAGAGGUUGCGACGCUAGGGGACGGUAGCGAGUCUUUGAACUAUUCGGCACUGUUGACCCGCGCAACUGGGGUGAGAAGAGCAAGUUAACACAGGCAAGAAACACUUGGGCACAAUGAGUGUUGACGUGAAGAAACUGAAAGUGAACGAGCUGAAGGAGGAGCUCCAGCGCCGCGGCCUGGACACCAGAGGCCGGAAGGCAGACCUGGUGGAGAAGCUGAAAGCCGCUCUCGAGGCUGAUGUUCAGGCUGAUGCCCCAGGGGAGCAGGAGGGCGAGAUCCGCCAGGACUUCAAAGACAACGACGAAAACGAAGAUGGGGAGGAUGCCCAAGAGCAAGAAGACGAAGCUGAGGACUUUGCUGAUGAUGACGGGGAUUGUGAUGGUGAAGAGGAUAUCCCUGAAGGUGAUGUCCCUGACAGUGAUGUCCCUGACAGUGAUGUCCCCGAAGGUGAUGUCCCCGAAGGUGAUGUCCCUGAGGAGGAUGUCCCUGAGGUUGAUGUCCCAGAGGUGGAUGUCCCAGAGGAGGAUGUCCCAGAGGAGGAUGUCCCUGAGGAGGAUGUCCCAGAAGAGGAAGUCCCCGAGGAAGAAGAUGAGGGCAGAGAUUCAGGUGGCUACUAUGAGGAAGAGGAGGCAGAAGUCGAGCCUUACGAAAGUCAACCAGCUUCAGACUCAGGCCACAGCAUGCCUGACUUCACAGCAGAUGUCGACAUCCACAAAUCUGACACAAUGCCCGAGCAACAGACUGAGCCUGUGUUGGAGCCAGAGCAGAACAAUGAGAAAAAACAAGAAAUUAAAGUGGAGGUCAAAAUCGAAGACGACCCCGACGCCGCUGGAGACAGAGGGCCGGAUGUUCAUGAGGAAGAACAGAAGCCUGGGCAAGAUGAUGCCGGUCAGGCUGAUCAGGUCAAAGCGGAAGGUGAUAGAGGUGGAAACUACAGCCGCAAGAGACCGUAUGAGGAGAGCAGGGGCUACGGCUAUUAUGAACACCGUGAGGACAAGAGAUCCCGCACACCACAACCUCCCGCUGAAGACGAGGAAGAGAAUAUUGAUGACACUCUUGUUACAAUCGAUACAUACAACUGUGAUCUGCACUUCAAAGUGUCCCGAGAUCGUUACAGCGGAUACCCAUUGACCAUCGAAGGCUUUGCUUACCUGUGGGCUGGAGCACGUGCAUCACACGGUGUCACCCGGGGUCGGGUGUGUUACGAGAUGAAGAUCAACGAGGAAAUUCCCGUGAAGCACCUGCCUAGCAGUGAGCCCGACCCCCAUGUGGUCAGAAUUGGAUGGUCCCUCAACCACUGCAGCACUCAGCUUGGUGAGGAGCCCUUUUCCUUUGGAUAUGGAGGAACGGGGAAGAAAUCAGCUGACUGCAAGUUUGCAAACUUUGGGGAGAAGUUUGGUGAAAACGACGUCAUCGGCUGUUACAUUGACUUUGACCAAGGCGACGAGGUUGAGAUGUGCUAUUCAAAGAAUGGCGUGUGGUUGGGCGAAGCUUUCCGGACAACCAAGGAGGAAUUGGCAGGUCGUGCCCUGUUCCCUCACGUGCUGGUGAAAAAUUGUGCCGUUGAGUUCAACUUUGGACAGAAGCGGGAGCCGUACUUCCCUCCACCAGAGGGCUACACCUACAUCCACAAUCUAGACAUGGAGGACAAGAUCAGGGGCACCAAGGGGCCUGCCAGCAAAUCUGAUUGCGAGAUCCUGAUGAUGGUUGGCCUUCCGGCCUGCGGAAAGACUACUUGGGCCAUUAAGCAUGCAGAGACUAACCCCGAGAAGAAGUACAACAUUCUGGGCACAAAUGCCAUCAUGGACAAGAUGAAGGUGAUGGGCCUGCGUCGCCAGAAGAACUACGCCGGGCGCUGGGACAUUCUGAUCCAGCAGGCCACCCAGUGUCUGAACAGGCUGAUCGAGAUUGCCGCCCGCAAGAGACGCAACUACAUCCUGGACCAGACAAAUGUAUAUGGAUCAGCAAGGAGACGAAAAAUGCGUCCUUUUGAAGGUUUUCAACGCAAGGCUAUUGUAAUUUGUCCCACGGACGAGGAUUUAAAAGAACGAACAUUAAAGCAAACCAAUGAGCAGGGGAAGGAUGUGCCCGAUCAUGCUGUUUUAGAAAUGAAAGCCAACUUUACUCUCCCCGAGGCUUGCGACUUCCUGGAGGCGGUGUCGUACAGCGAGCUGCAGCAAGACGAGGCUGAAAAGCUGCUGAAGCAGUACAAUGAGGAGGGCCGCAAGGCCGGCCCGCCCCCUGAAAAACGCUUUGACAGCCGGCAGCCCGGCUUUCGCGGCCGCGGUGGUGGCGGCGGCGGUAGCUUCCAGCGGUAUGACAAAUUCGAAGGAUCCCGCGGCAGCUACCAGAAUCGCAGUGGCGACGGGGGCAGUGGCUACAGAGGGGGCUACAACCGUGGUAGCUAUAACCAGAAUCGUUGGGGCAACAGCUACCGCGACGGAGGGUCUGACUCACGCAGCGGGUACAACCGCAGCCAGCAGUCUGGAGGAAGCUACAAUCGCCCGGCUCCUUACAAGGGAGGAUACAGCCAGCAGGGCUACAACCAGAGCUACAGCCCCGGGUACAACCAAGGCAGCUACAACCAGAGUUACUACAGCAACUACAGUCAGUACCCAGGAUACAGCCAGAGCUACAACCAGACACCCGCCACUGCACAGACGUACAACCACCACCAGCAACAGCCGCAGCAGCAGCAGCAAGCGCCUCAGCAGCAGCAGCAAGCGCCUCAGCAGCAGCAGCCGCAGCAACAGCAACAACAGCAGCAACAGCAGAGCUACAACCAGCAAUAUCAGCAGUAUGCUCAGCAGUGGCAGCAGUACUACCAGAACCAGAACCAGUGGAACCAGUACUACAGCCAGUACGGCAGUUACCCUGGACAGGGCAGCCACGGCUCAUCUUCCGGUUCCCAGUAACUGUGCCCUCAAACAUGUACCUGCAUCCACUUGUGUCCUAAACACCUCUGACCUCUGAAGCAAAUUGAUUUUGUACAGUUCCGCACAAAGUUCACCAACCAUAAGUCUCUUUAACCUCCAUUCUUCACCGAACACAAAUUGUAUACAGUUUGUCUCAAUCAUGGUUCUCCCCCCCCCCCCCCCCCCACUGAAUUAAGUCUUACUCCACGCGGUGACUGUGAGGUGGAUAAUAGAUAAAUGAAUGUUAUCUAUUAUGCAUUGAAUGUGGACGACUGUUGAACUGCAAACCACAUUUCCUACAGGUUGAAGAGGUGAUGGUGUAUUUCGAUUGGAUGCAUAGUGUGAAUAAGUGACUGCAGGGAUAAUACAGCAACACCUGAAAAAUUUCACGUUUUGAAAAAACUUAACAAAGAACAAAAUGCAUGCUUUUUACCUUCAUGCCCCCCCCCCCUCUCAUCUGCUUGCUUUUUAUUUUUCAGUUACCGAAUUACAUAACUCUGUUUUACUCAAGAUAGAAAUCAAACAUUAUGGAACAUUUUUUAUAGGUGUUGAUACCGUAGUAUUUAAGCAUUAAUCCCAUCUCUGAUUGAGAAGAUUUUGCCACUCCUGUUGAGUAGUUGUUUGUGCAGGUUUUUGUUUCUUUUAAUCACUUUGUGAUUGCUGUUCAUUGAGUCCAGUAGUUAAAUCCCGUUAUGUCCAACCCCAUUUUUUUCUACCUGAAAAUGAAAAUCUGACGACCAGUUACCCAAGCUGUCUUUUUGUCUUUAUACAAUAAAUGCAAUUGUAUACGCC